AUGAGUCAAUCAUUAAAUAGGGAAGAACCAAAUUAUUUUGGUGCUGGACCUGCUUUAUUACCUACUAGUGUUCUUCAACAAGCAGCACUAGAUUUAAUUACUUACGAAGGUGAUAGUAUUGGAAUUGGGGAAAUUUCUCAUAGAUCAAAACCUGCAAUAAAAGUUAUAGAUGAUACUAAAGCCAAUUUAACUAAAUUAUUAAAUAUACCAGACACUCAUGAAGUAUUCUUUAUGCAAGGUGGUGGUACAACUGGAUUUUCUUCAAUCGCUUAUAAUUUAGUUGCAAAUUAUGCUAAAAGAACAGGUAAAAAAGGCAAAGUUGCUUAUGCAAUUACAGGUUCAUGGUCAAAAAAAGCACAUGAAGAAGCUGAAAGAUUAGGUUUUGAUGCUGAUAUAGUUGUAAAUACUAAAAGUGAAAAAUUUGGUACUGUUCCAGAAUAUUCAGAAUGGAAAUCAAUCGAUAAAGAUACUGCUUAUUUAUAUGUUUGUGAUAAUGAAACUGUACAUGGUGUUGAAUUUAAAGAUACACCACCUGAUUCAUAUUUAAAUGGUGUUGAAUUAGUAGCUGAUAUGUCAUCAAAUAUUUUAUCAAAGAAAAUUGAUGUUAGUAAAUAUGGUUUAAUUAUGGCUGGUGCUCAAAAAAAUAUUGGUUUAGCUGGUUUAACUAUAUAUAUAAUUAAAAAAUCAUUAAUUGAACAACCUACAGAUGAUGAAUGGAAAAAAUUAAAUAUUGCAUUAUCUCCAAUUGCAUUUAGUUAUCCAAUAGUGAUUAAAAAUAAUUCAGCUUAUAAUACAAUUCCAAUAUUUACAUGUCAUAUAUUAAAAUUGGUAACUGAUUUAUUAUUAAAAGAAGGUGGUAUUGAACAAAUUCAACAAACAAAUGAAGAAAAAGCUAAGUUAUUAUAUGGUGCAUUGUUGAAAUAUCCAGAUUUUUAUGAAUUACCAGUCACUAAUUCAAAAGUUAGAUCAAAUAUGAAUGUUGUAUUUAGGUUACCAACUGAGGAUCUUGAAGCUAAAUUUGUUAAAGAAGGAAGUGAGAGAAAUUUACAAGGUUUAAAAGGUCAUAGAUCAGUUGGUGGUAUAAGAGCAUCAAUUUAUAAUGCAGUUACUUCGAAGAGUGUUAAAUUAUUAGUUGAAUUUGUUAAUGAAUUUGCUGAAGCUAAUAAAUAG